AUGAGCACUCCAGAACUUCUUAAGCCAGAAGUUUUGAACGCCGUCUGGUCCAGGAGAUUUCCAGUUAAGCUCUUUGAUGAUAAUAGAGACUUCUUCUGUGGUGAAGGGUUCAUAGACAGUUGUACGGUAGUGUUGAUAGUUGUGCGUCGUAUCUUCUAUCCCAUUUCAUGCGCUGCCUCGGUCGUCCCGCUUGGGUGAGCGCCGGCUGAUGUUCCAGCGCAGCACCUUCAGCAAGUCGAUCUCUUGGUAUUGUUUGGCUCGCUUGUGGUUGUUCUUGUUGUUGUUGGGCUGUAGCUGAUUGUAUGACAGGGGUCUGCCUCCUCAACACCCUGCCACCGACGUUCCGCAUGCUGUCACGUCCAGCGCCGGCUCCAGACCUGCCCUG